GUGCAUGUCUGAGUUAGCAGAUUAGCAUGAGCUACUGCAGAUCCCUCAGUACGGCACUGUGACUUCUCUUCUACACUAAGCAACAUGUCCAAAACAAUUUAUUCUCCGCAAAUAUUCUGGUGAAGUGUAGCUUCUAUGAUGGGAAAACGACUAAUAAUAGCAUAUGGUCUAUGGGCCAUAGGUGGGCCCAUAGGACUACACCAAAUAUACCUGGGCCGAGACAGCCAUGCAAUGCUGUUGAUGAUUACUUUGGGAGGGUUUGGUGUGGUAUGGAUGUGGGACUUCUGGAAGAUUCCUAGACUUGUAUCACAAUUCAAUAAACAGAAUGAAAAAUCAAAUGAAGUCAAAGAAGGAAAGCCACCUGCAAGUCCCUCUCGCUUUAUGGCACAGGUAACUACUGGCAUUUAUUUUGGUCUGGCAGCAGCCAUUGGACUAUCUAGCCUUACCAGUUAUUACAUGAUAGCAUUGCCACUUGCUGUUGGUUUGGGAGUGCAUCUUGUGGCGAGUGUGGGUGAACAAACCUCGAACCUGAAGAGCACACUUGUAGCUGCCUUCCUUACAUCACCAAUAUUUUAUGGCCGACCAAUUUCCAUGAUCCCAAUCAGCCUCUCUGCAAGCAUCUGCUCUCAGCAAAACAGGUACUACCGGAAGCAGCAACGAAAGUAUGAAAACCUUAGCGUGCGUCUAUAUCGUAUUGGGCUAGCUUACUUGGCUUUUACUGGCCCACUAGCCUACAGUGUUCUGCUUAAUACAAGCCGCACUGUCAGCUAUGUAGCUGGAUGCAUUGGAGCCUUGCUCGAUUGGCUGAGUUUUUUCCCUAGUGUCAGUGCAUUGAUGGAGAGAAUUCUACUCCUACCAUACAGGAUUUGGGGACUGUUCUUUGGAGGAGGAGGUUUCCAGGACCAAUACUACAGAGAGUGGGAAAAGAUUUAUGAGUUUGUUGCCAGCUUCCAGAAUGAAAAGGCAGAGAUGGCCUGCAAGAUUUUAGGAGUAAGCUCUGACGCGACGCUGGAAGAAAUAAAUCGGCAUUAUCGAGAUCUGGUAAAGCUUUGGCACCCAGAUCACAAUCUGCACCAACCUGCAGAGGCAGAACAACAUUUUAUUGAGAUACAGGCAGCUUAUGAAACUCUCACACGGCUUCGGAAAAUGAAGACUCAUGGACAAUGAAAAGAAUAUAUUACAUAAAACUAAAUAUAUCCUGUUAACUAUACCAUGGGGAAAAUGUACAGUAAUACCUGUAGUAUCCGACUUUGAAAAAACUGGCGAGUUUCUGGCAACUUUCCAGUCACCAUAUGUAAUAGUAUAUGACCAAGGCCGGAUUAAGGUCCAUAUGGGCCUGGGGCUAAAAAUGAUCAAGGGCCUAUUGUGAGAAGUUGAGGAGGUGUGGCUAAUGUUGUGUGGGCGUGGCCAGUGACAUAUCGGCAUGUACACUCACUACAUUAUAAGCCCCAGUGUCUCCCAAAAUAGAUAUAAGUAGAAAAACAGCAUCACUUUUUGAGGAAAUUGGAAAUAUAAUUGUAAUUCUUAUGAUUUAUUGCAGCUAUGUGACCAGCUGGGCAUUUAAUCAUUGUCAUGCUGUCAUGGUGAUAGGCCUAUUUCUAUCUGGUGCCUGGAGCUGGAGCUCCAACUGCCUCACUGUUAAUCUGGCCCUGUAUAUUACUAGAGGCAAAGUUGACAGAAAUACACCAGACUAAAUGCAAGUCGCCAUCCCGAUUACUUUAAUGUCAAACAUACACGUUAUUAGAUGUCACUGCAUGCGACUUGUGAACUCACAGGUAAAGCGCCAGAAAAACACAGUGAGAUUUCUUAAAUUGCAUGAAUUAUAUGCCAUCUGACCAGGCAGAACAUAACAAAGAGCCACAUCAAACAUAUGAUACAUUGCCACUACUUAAUACUCAAUUAAGAGACCAAAAAAAUAGAUCUGGUUAUGAGCCAUGAUUAAUUAAUUUAUUAUUGGGGCAAUAAUGUUACAAAAAUAACAAAAAAUUAAAUGAAGUAAUAUUUUUUCUUAAUCAAGAUCAUAUUAAUGAUAGAAGUCCAUCUAUGCUGGCACUUGUAGUGCCACAAAUUUGUAAUGUACUGUAAUUGAUGCUUCUAUUAUUUAUUAAUUGAUAUGGCCCUAAUUAACAGAGAAAUAUUUUUGUUCGCAUCAUUUAAAAUGUUAUCAAUUUUAAACAUUCUUGACUCAAAUGGUAAAAGUUUUAAUUACGGCUUCAAUAUUUUAGUGACAAACCUUUAUGAAGGAUGGGAGCUGCCUGGGUGACAGAUAUCUGCAUCGCAGGACCUGAUGUGGAUUGUGGAUGUGCAAAUAAAACAUUGAAAAAAAAUCUAGCAGGGGAAAAAAAUUAGCCCGGCUUCUAGGGAUUGCAUCAACUACUACCCCUAGAUGCCAGAUAAGGCUGACGGAAUGGUAGUGAUUCCUAGUCAGGACUGGCAGUGCCAGGAGGAGGUGUUCGUAAUGUGAAUAGCAAAGAGCGCUUCAAUGGCAAAUCUCAAACAUGCCAGCACACUGACUGGGGAGUCACUAGGGGAGGGGGGAUUUUAAUGGGGUAAAAUCCACCACUGGUGACAAAGCAAUACAUAUGAUUAAUGUUGCUCUUUAUUAUGUCUUGUUCCAACAGAUAGCUCAAAAAAUGCAUGUCGUUUCAGCAGCCUCUCUGGUCAGAGCCAUUUUCUGGCACAGACUUUCACAUUAAUCAUGAAUUACAUCUGGUGACUUUAAACUGAAAGAUACAGGAAUCUCACUGCAAGUUCCGAUAAAUUUAAACUUGACAAAAAUGUGCAACCUACUACACUCCCACAUACGUAGGUAACUUUAUAUCCUCAGCCUGUUUAUAAACUACAAGUGCCAUUAUCCCUAUAUGUAGCUCAAUAACAGCUGUAACUCUGACUCUGUUUCUCCUAACUCGGGAAUAAACAGUGCAGGAAAUGUUCUUAUUUUGGGAA